AUGGAUGCCUGGGGCCUACGAGGACGAGGAAUGCGUUCUGUCGUCAUUGCGCCGGCUGGUCCAAACCCCCCCUGUCCUUGGCCCUCCCUCCCUUCCCAUCCUUGUCGAGUUUUUUGUCGAGUUCGUCAAAAUGUGUCCCUUUCGCUCCCUGUCUCAGUGCCACAUGCAAACGCGGUGGGCUGGACGACGGAUGCGCGAUGGAUGUUUCCGUUGCUCGUCGCCCUCGUACGAGACAUACUCGCUCGUCCCCCCAGAUGUUGGUAG